AUGGUCUGCACCAAGAAGAGCGAUGGAACUCUUAGAGUGUGCCUUGACCCGAAGGACCUCAACAAGGCCUGUGUGUCAAAAGGUGUCAAAAGGUGUCACCAUAAGACACCAACGCCGGAGGAGCUGACGCACAAGCUGACAGGCGCCACCGUCUUCAGCAAGCUGGACGCCAAGAACGGCUACUGGUCGGUGACCUUUGAUGAGCAGAGCUCGUUCCUCACUACCUUCAACACCCCGUUCGGAAGGCACAGGUACCUCCGGAUGCCGUUCGGCCUGGUCAUGUCCCAGGACGUGUUCCAGCGCAAGAUGGACCAGAUCCUGGAGGAAUGUCCUGGAACAAUGGGAAUCGCAGACGACGUGGCUGUCUUCGGCAAGAACGAAGCCGACCACGAUGCAAGCCUCCACCACCUGUUCACCGUCGCCAAGAAACACGGACUGACGUUCAACAGCAGGAAGUGCGCCAUCAAGCAGCAGUCCAUCAAGUUUUACGGCAUCACGUAUGACUGA